AUGAACGACUCGUCGCGAGUGAUUUCGAUGAUCCACGAGUCGAGCGAUUAUUUCGACGACGAGCUGACGAACAUCGCGUGCGAGAUAUGCUUCGAGCCGUUCAGUCAUGCGCAUCGGCCGCCGAAAUUGUUGCCGUGCGGUCACAAUUUUUGCGAGACUUGCAUUUUCAGCAUGUGCUGUCAUCAGGAGUACUAUCUUCUCGACUCCAUCAAAUGCCCGACUUGUCGACGCGCAUUUUCCACCGACACCGCUCGACAGGCUCCGACCAACUAUGAUCUUUGCAAAAUUCUCGAGACGGUUCAGAAGCGGCGAGAUCAGAACAUCACUGUCAUUCAUGUGCCCGAUGAGACGCCGCCGCCGCCGCCGCCGCGAAAAACGGCGAGCAUUGUGACGAGGAAAUGCAAAAAGCUCGCCGAGAAAUCCGAGGAUUCGAAACACCUGCGAUGCGCCGAGUGUCAACGCAAAAUCUCGCAGAGGAACUUUUUUCGUGUCGCGAGAUAUUGCGUCGAUUGUACGAGUACUUCGAGAAUGACAAUUGUUUGCCUUGAAUGUUGUGUGAAUCAGCACAACGGGCAUGAGCUGCUCACCGAGGAUCAACUUCACUCGAAUCAGCUCAAAAUCAUCACCGAGCUUCGAGACAUUCGCCGUCGUGUCGUCGACAGCUCGGCGACGUUCGAUAAGCGUAGUGAGGAGAUUCGCGAUAGCGGCCGCAAGAUUUGCGUCUCCCUGACCGCGGAGAAGCAGAGUCUAUUGACGUAUACGCUCGCCUCGAUCGACGAUGUGAUUCGGAGGAUCGAGUGCGCGCCCAUCAUGUUUCCGCCGGUGUUGAAGACCAUUCGCGAUGAGCAAGUGCACAAUUACACACGGCUCAGCAAACUCAACAAUGAACUCGAGAAGAGUUUGAUUGCGAGAAAGAACACCAAGCCGGUGACGAUGCCUGAUCGCCCUUCAACUUCAGCGAAUGCGCCUCUAAACCGUUCGUUGUCAGCAAGGCAGUCGAGGGUUUCCCUUCGGGGCGAUGACUCGAUAUGGCAUGAAUCGAUUGAAGCGUUGUGUCGACUUAUGCCGUCGCAUCCGAUGUGCCUUCAACUGAGCUUCCAUCAUUCCACCGUCUCGUCGAAGGAUACGGUUGAGGAGAGGAAGCGCAAGAUCAUGUCGUGUGCUCAUGCUGCGUCUUGUAUGUUGGACUCAGAUAUCUCGCUGUCCAUGAUUCCGCUGUUCGCGGAUGUCCUAUUGAAUUGUUUCUAUCAACUGAACAAGCUGUCGAGAAACAAAUUUGUUGAUAAGCGGACGUAUCGACGUGUGGAUGUUUGGAAGCAGAUUCAGACAUCCUACACGGAAUUGUUGAAGAUUGCCGCCAAAAACUUUCCUGCCUAUCAUCCGGAACGAAUUGAUAUUCUUGACGAUCUUGCCUAUCUGUGCCAUUUGUUCUCGGAUGUGUGCGAUCAGGCGACGGUGACGAUUUGCAUAAUUGAAGCGGCGCGAGCGCGAGCGGCCGACUCGUCGAGUUUGACCGAUGAGGAGCAGGCGAGGAGCAACGAGCGGCUGAUGCUCAUCGAUGAGCACUUGUCGGAAUGCCGACGACUGCAGAAGCUCAGCGAUUUGCGAAGCCACAAGAAAGAUAAAGUCGAAGGAAGGUUCAAGAGGAUAUUUGGAAGUUGUUUUAUGCCGCAGAAGAAGAUUACGUAA